AUGGCGGCUCCAGCCUCAUCAUCACUGUUUAUGAGUCUGGGGAACGCAUGGAGGCUCCUAUCACUUCGAAGUGACGUCGACGACAUCAUCUUGGAGCUACUCGGUCAUUUUUCGCUGGAGAAGAUUUAUGCCGAGAGCGACAAGGAGACGUAUCAACACUUGUUGACUACUCUGCUUGCUCAACUAAACACGAUAUUUUACUUUCAACGUCUGACAGUACCCUCUGAGAACCUGCAAGUCGGCUCACUUGGGUGGUAUUUGGGGUUUCUUGCCAGCUGGGAGGUAACUUUACGUUCAGUAGAAUUUAUCCUGCAGGUCGUCCAAGAGGGGCGCGAAAAUCUGUGGGAGGCUGAAUCGUUAAGAGACAAAUAUCUGCCCGAGUUCCUCUUAUCAGCCCUCAGGCUCAUCACGCUUCACCCCAAAGCCCCCUCAAACCAGCGUGCUAAAGAUCGCCGAGAGCGGUUUGCACGCAUUCACCGGUCUCUAGAGAGAAUACACGACAGUUACCCCGGGUCCAAAUCCUUUCUCUUCUUGAUCUGCAGAGAAAUCACUGGCGCUCUAAAAGCUGAGCCCAAUGGUCUUGCUCUUCCUACAAAGAUGAGAUAUGAGUUGCCAAAUUUGGCCUCUGAUUUGUAUCCCCUUCACGAAUGCCUCUCAUCACAGUAUGUCUCUACGAUAGCACCCAAAACUGGCUUUUCUACUUGUGAUUGGCUCUCCCAGUUUCUGGCGCUUCGAGAUGUGUCCCACUUCGUAGUGGCAGCCUCCAUCCAGUAUUCUGUGAAUCGAGAGACUCGCGAUGUGCGCCUUCAAUCAUCUUCUGCCAGGACACGGAAUGCUGUGUUACAUGCUCUUGAAAAUCUUCAGAUGCCAGAGCAUCUAUCCCAGGUAGAUAUGAUUGCAACGUUCAGUGAAACGUUUCGAAUCAUCCUUCCAGACACACCUAGUCUCGAACGACGAGGUUCAUCGGAUUCCCACCAAUACGAGACAAAAAUGGAUGCCACAGAUGCCCUCUGCUUAAGACUAAGUGAACGUCAGGUGAUACAUCGUGUGAGUGAUAGGGAAAUGAUGCAUAGCCUGUCGAAAAUUACCAGGAGUAUUUCUUUACUGGAUGAUCCCACAGCUCAGGUAAGAGCUAUACGUCCAAGGCUAUACGCAGUGAACUGUCCCAGUUCUCAUCUUGCAGGUGAUUCCCAGCUAAGGUCAUCGGAGGAUCUGAAAUUUCCAGAAGAUCCUUCUGAAGGCUCGGAAAUAAUGCUGCCAUCAGAUUCAAAAUGUAUCUAUUGCGGAGAGCCCAUAACCAUGCUGCGAGAAGUAUCCCUCGCACAAAAUACCUGGGAAAUUUUAAAGCCCCUUGAGCCUAACCCCGAUACGAUCAACGUGGAACGACAUCUGCCUACGAGGUUCCGAUUGGAGCCACCAAAAUUUGAGAGUGGCUUGACGUUGAAUCCAAAUUAUAACAACAUCUUCAGUGGCAGCAGCCAGAAAUCAUUUGAGCCAGAACCAUAUUUGCCUCAUCAGAUUUCGUCUCCAUUUUCGGCCUCUUUUCCCCAAGAACCAUCACGCUCUAUUUCUCAGGCUCUACGAUCCCCACAAUUGUCUAACUUUCGUCAGAAUUUAGAUACACAGCGGACCGACACGUUGCUGCCAGAUGGUCAAACCCCUAAUUCUAGUGAGGGAGGGAAUCCCUUUGAUAUCCAGAUAUCAACCGAAACCCCGGCUAUUAAAACUACCAUAGUCGAAGCACCAAUUUCACCAGACUCUCUAGUAUCUCCAAGCACAAUAUUUCGUGGUCCAAGGCAGUCCCGGGGUGAACAAUCCCCACGAUCUGUCUGCUUUGAGAACGUCCCUAGUCUCAAAAGUCGACCUGUGCCAUUAAUUGCGACCCCUGAGAAACCAAAAUCUGGGUGGAGAUCGAAAAUAUCACGAUCAAGAAGAGACAGCCCUGCAGUUUCUGGAGACACGAGCUCUUUGUCAUCAACAACACUAGAAUCUCAAAGACUUGAGGAAAUUUGCCUAAAGAGCUCGACUACAACGUCAAAAGGUUCUGCGAGGAGCAAGUCAGCCAAGAAAAUAAGGGAUAUAAAAGUGUAUCUAUCCCAAAAUUCAUCAUACGCCCUCUUUUGGUCACAGUCGUCAAUACAUGUAUUUGAUGUCGGAAAGUCGCCUCCGACGAUUAUUCACGCAACAUCAACCGACAGUACUUGUGUUCUGGCAGCUCUAACAAAGGUGCAUCUGGCAUAUAUUAUUAAAUCGCAAGAGCAGAAACUUACGCUUCGAAUCAUAAACCUCGUACAACCCCAAACUCCGGUAGUCGAGUACCGUAUGGCCCAAUCGCCGUAUUGUACGAGCAUAUCCAUUUGUCCCAAAGAGAACUAUGUCGUUGUUGGGUUCGACAAGCCUAUUGUUCGAUUUUUCAGAACCUCUGGUUCAGAGGCCCCACGAGAAGACCGUCUUCAUAGUCGCUAUCAUGAAGAAUGCAAAGAGAAAGACUGUGCGCCUGUUGGAACAUUAUCGUUCUCAACCGAUGGCCUAGCCCUCCUUGCCAGUACCAGAAGCCUCAAGAAUGGCACAAUCUCAUUCUACUCUUGGCGUUAUCCAUUCGACACUUUCCAGGAGGAAUCAAAAUGCCGAUACCACGUUGCCUUACAUGAGUCUGAAGACAACGGAGUCUCGUCGGCAAUUUUCCGCCCUGGGUCUGGAAUGGAACCAAACUUAAUAUGCGUCACCACUUGGACACUUUCCGGUAGCCCUCUGUUGAUCCAGCCGGAAAAUGGCCAGAAAAGUGACAUCAAGACUGAUAGAGCAGGUCACCAAGGCCAAUUGGGGAGUCGCAUUCAGUGCGCCACUUUCUCGCCCUCUGGCAAGGAGCUUGCAAUGGUUAACGCCAAAGGACAUCUGUAUCAGAUCGUGAACCUCAAUUCGAAUCCGCUUGAUGUACGAAGAAUCGCAACUUCACUGGAACUCACUAAGAAAGAAGAUUUCUUUGCCAUGUCGUAUAUGGCACUACCUGAUGAAGAUGCAAUUGUCCUUGCAUGGGCAGAUUCAUCCAAAGACUUGGGGUACGUGAAAAAGAUACCUGUAAGAUCGCAAGGAAUCACGAGCACUGCCACAGCCCAUGGUUCUAUGCACAUGUCUCAUGAUAUGCAGACAGUUAUUCGCUAUGAACUUCCUGGUGAGGGUAUAUGCUCCCCAGGAACCCCAGCGGAGAUGAGUGCCCCGGAAGACGAUGGACCCCACAAGGGAAAAAUGAAAGAAAAUUAUUAG